AUGGGAAAUGCAGAAAGCAACACCUAUCGGAACUACCUUUCCAGAUUUAUUCCUGAGGAGCAGGCUGACAUCGAUGGGGUGUUUGAUACCUUGUCCGGAUCAAGUGGCACAGCAGGAGAGAAAAAUGGAAAAGCUAUGAAAAAAACUGUGACUCUGACAGCACUACAGGCCUAUAUGCAGGAACCACUGCCAGAGCAAAUGACCAUGAGGUUGUACGACGGAAUGAAAAGUGUUGACCUGACUGGGAAGUCAUCUGCACCAAGGGAGCAGAUUGCCAAGGAGCAGUUUGUGGUUUUUAUGUCAAACCUCUUAAAAGGGAAUGCAGAUGAGAAGAUUGCCAUAAUAAUGAGCAUGAUCUCCAAGACGGAAGGGCCUGUGAAGGGCAAACAAAUCCAAGAGUUCACAGAGCAGCUGAUCACAUCUCUAGUCCAUGUACUGAAUUACAGGAAGGAACUGAAAGGUUGGAAUCUGGAGAAUACUAGAGAUUAUGCAAGUGGAGUCAAGGCUUUGGCAUCUCAGCUGCUCUCAGAGUUGAAGCUUGCAGAUGGGAAGAAACCUGUGGGCCAUGAGCUGCUGGAGGCCACUUUUGAUCAAAGCAUCAUUGAGGACUGGGUGUACCGAGUUCCACAGAUCUCAACUUUCCUCAGUGUUGUUAUCAGACAAGGCUUCCAGGUCUUGCAUUCAGUCUCUGACCAAGCCAACGACAUAGUCAACUUGGUUCCAGGCUGCAAAGGCUUCAAAGGAAGGGGACUUACCAGUCUCUUGGACAUCCCAUCCAUCAUAUACCUCAACUCCCAUCUGCCUGCAGAGUUGCAACAUAAGUGGCAACUUAUAUUUUCUUCUAGAGUUCAUGGUGAAAGCUUCUCACAAUUAUGUGCCCAUAUUGUGAACAAAGGUUCCUGCAUAAUGAUCCUAAAGGACUCGGAUGGGUUUAUCUUCGGUGGAUUUGCAUCUCAGUCCUGGGAGGUGAAGCCCCAGUUUCAAGGUGACAACAAAUGCUUUCUGUUUUCUGUUUUUCCCUCUCUUGCUGUGUACACAUGCACUGGAUACAAUGACCACUACAUGUAUUUGAACCAUGGCAAACAAACAAUGCCAAAUGGACUUGGUAUGGGUGGACAACAUGAUUACUUCGGGCUCUGGAUAGACAGCGACUAUGGGAAAGGACACAGCAAAGCAAAACCUCGGUGCACCACCUACAACAGUCCUCAGCUGUCAGCCAAAGAGCAUUUUACACUGGAUGCAAUGGAAGUUUGGGCAGUGGGAGAUAUCCCAGAAAGUGCCGUGGUGAAAAGUAAGAGCAUCCUGGAUGUAGAUCCUGAGGCUCAAGUGUUACUGGAAAUGAUUGGGAGAUCUCGGCAGAGUGAAGGUUUACGGGAACCCGUUGAAGAUGAUGAUAACUGA